UUAGUGGCGCCGGCGCCUUUUGGGCUGUUGUGGUGAGGGAGAGUUUUCCGGUGACUUCGACCCCGCAGCGGCUGCCGGCUGAGACGUCGGGCUCCCGCAGUGGCCCCUGAGGCCCAUAUUCCCUGUCGUUGGCUGUCAGCAGCAGGCCUGGCCGCUCCCGCGCGGGGAGAACAUCUCCUCAGGGCCAUGUCCAGGCCAAGCAGCGUCUCCCCGCGGCCGCCGGCUCCGGGCGGCGGCGGCGGGACCGGCGGAGGAGGGGGAGGCACCGCUCCGUGUGGUCCGGGGGGCGGCGGCCGCGCCAAGGGCCUGAAGGACAUUCGUAUCGACGAGGAGGUGAAGAUCGCAGUCAAUAUCGCUCUGGAGCGCUUCCGAUACGGGGACCAGAGAGAAAUGGAAUUUCCUUCUUCACUGACCAGUACGGAAAGAGCUUUUAUUCAUCGAUUGAGUCAGUCUCUUGGUUUAGUUUCUAAAAGUAAAGGAAAGGGAGCAAAUAGAUACCUAACUGUGAAGAAGAAAGAUGGAUCAGAAACAGCUCAUGCAAUGAUGACCUGUAAUUUGACUCAUAAUACAAAACAUGCUAUUAGGAGCCUAAUUCAGAGAUUUCCUGUCACCAAUAAAGAGCGUACUGAACUUCUGCCUAAAACAGAAAGAGGAAAUGUGUUUGCAGUUGAAGCUGAAAACCGGGAAAUGAGCAAGACAAGUGGGCGACUCAACAAUGGCAUACCUCAAGUUCCAGUGAAAAGAGGAGAAUCUGAAUUUGACUCAUUCAGGCAGUCUUUGCCAGUGUUUGAGAAACAAGAAGAAAUUGUAAAAAUAAUUAAGGAAAAUAAAGUAGUUUUGAUUGUAGGAGAAACUGGGUCUGGAAAGACCACACAGAUUCCUCAGUUCCUUUUAGAUGAUUGCUUUAAAAAUGGUAUCCCCUGCCGUAUAUUUUGUACUCAACCAAGACGAUUAGCUGCUAUUGCUGUGGCAGAAAGAGUUGCUGCAGAGAGAAGGGAAAGGAUUGGUCAAACAAUUGGUUAUCAGAUCCGAUUAGAAAGCAGGGUUUCUCCAAAGACGCUUCUGACAUUUUGCACUAAUGGAGUAUUGCUUCGUACAUUGAUGGCAGGAGAUAGUACAUUGUCAACUGUGACACAUGUUAUUGUGGAUGAAGUGCAUGAAAGGGAUCGAUUUAGUGAUUUUUUACUUACAAAGUUAAGAGAUUUGUUGCAAAAGCAUCCAACUUUGAAACUAAUUCUUUCUAGUGCUGCCUUGGAUGUAACUUUUAUAAGAUAUUUUGGAAGUUGUCCAGUGAUAUAUAUACAGGGAAGACCGUUUGAAGUAAAAGAAAUGUUUCUGGAAGAUAUUUUAAGAACUACUGGAUAUACAAACAAAGAAAUGUUAAAGUACAAAAAAGAAAAACAGCGAGAAGAGAAACAACAAACCACACUUACGGAGUGGUACUCAGCCCAAGAAAAUACUUUCAAGCCUGAAUCUCAAAGGCAGAGAACUGUUCCAAAUGUGACUGAAGAGUAUGACUUAUUGGAUGAUGGUGGUGAUGCUGUCUUUAGUCAACUGACAGAAAAAGAUGUGAAUUGCCUUGAACCAUGGUUAAUCAAGGAAAUGGAUGCUUGUCUUUCUGACAUAUGGUUACAUAAAGAUGUUGAUGCAUUUGCUCAGGUCUUUCACCUUAUUUUAACUGAAAAUGUUAGUGUUGAUUACAGACAUAGUGAAACCAGUGCAACAGCUCUGAUGGUUGCUGCAGGACGAGGUUUUGCAAGUCAAGUAGAGCAGUUAAUUAGCAUGGGAGCCAAUGUCCAUAGUAAAGCAUCAAAUGGCUGGAUGGCUUUAGAUUGGGCUAAACACUUUGGGCAGACUGAAAUUGUGGAUCUUCUAGAAUCUUACAGUGCUUCUCUGGAAUUUGGAAAUCUAGAUGAAAGUUCUCUGGUUCAAACAAAUGGAAGUGACCUCAGUGCAGAAGACAGAGAACUCCUGAAAGCUUAUCACCAUAGUUUUGAUGAUGAAAAAGUAGACUUGGAUUUAAUCAUGCAUCUUCUAUACAAUAUCUGCCAUAGCUGUGAUGCUGGUGCAGUUUUAAUUUUUCUACCUGGUUAUGAUGAAAUUGUUGGUCUGAGAGAUCGUAUUCUGUUUGAUGACAAGCGGUUCGCUGAUAAUACACAUAGAUAUCAAGUCUUUAUGCUUCAUUCAAAUAUGCAAACAUCUGAUCAAAAGAAAGUAUUAAAAAACCCACCUGCAGGUGUUCGAAAAAUAAUCCUUUCCACCAAUAUUGCUGAAACCAGUAUCACAGUCAAUGAUGUUGUCUUUGUUAUUGAUUCUGGAAAGGUGAAAGAGAAAUCCUUUGAUGCAUUGAAUUUUGUUACAAUGUUAAAAAUGGUGUGGAUUUCCAAAGCUAGUGCCAUACAACGAAAAGGCAGAGCGGGCCGAUGUAGACCUGGAAUUUGUUUCCGUCUGUUUAGUAGACUCCGAUUCCAAAAUAUGUUGGAAUUUCAGACUCCAGAACUUUUGAGAAUGCCAUUACAGGAACUUUGUUUACAUACCAAACUGCUAGCCCCAGUUAAUUGUACCAUUGCUGAUUUCCUUAUGAAAGCUCCUGAACCUCCACCAGCUUUAAUUGUAAGAAAUGCUGUACAAAUGCUUAAGACAAUAGAUGCAAUGGAUGCAUGGGAAGAUCUGACUGAACUUGGAUAUCAUUUGGCUGACUUGCCAGUGGAACCACAUCUUGGUAAAAUGGUCCUGUGUGCUGUUGUUUUAAAGUGUCUGGACCCUAUCCUUACAAUUGCCUGCACGCUGGCUUAUCGAGAUCCUUUUGUACUGCCUACCCAGGCUUCUCAAAAGCGUGCAGCUAUGCUUUGUAGGAAACGUUUCACUGCAGGAACUUUCAGUGACCAUAUGGCACUUCUCAGAGCAUUCCAGGCUUGGCAGAAAGCACGAAGUGAUGGGUGGGAGCGAGCCUUUUGUGAGAAGAAUUUUCUUUCACAAGCUACCAUGGAAAUAAUUAUAGGCAUGAGAACACAGUUGCUUGGUCAGCUUAGAGCAUCAGGUUUUGUUAGAGCACGAGGUGGUGGUGACAUUCGAGAUGUUAACACAAACUCUGAGAACUGGGCUGUUGUUAAAGCUGCUUUGGUGGCAGGCAUGUAUCCCAAUUUAGUCCAUGUGGACAGAGAGAAUGUAGUAUUGACAGGGCCAAAGGAGAAAAAAGUGCGAUUUCAUCCCACUUCAGUUCUCAGUCAGCCUCAAUAUAAAAAGAUUCCUCCAGCUAAUGGUCAAGCUGCAGCAAUCCAGGCACUGCCCACAGAUUGGCUUAUUUAUGAUGAAAUGACUAGAGCCCAUAGAAUAGCUAAUAUUAGAUGUUGUUCAGCAGUGACACCUGUCACUGUAUUGGUGUUCUGUGGACCAGCUAGGUUGGCAAGUAAUGCUCUUCAGGAACCUUCAUCCUUUAGAGCGGACGGCAUUCCCAAUGACAGUAGUGACAGUGAAAUGGAAGAUAGAACUACUGCUAAUUUGGCGGCUUUAAAACUUGAUGAGUGGCUCAAUUUCAAACUAGAGCCAGAGGCAGCCAGUUUAUUGCUGCAGCUGAGACAGAAGUGGCAUAGCUUAUUUUUACGUCGAAUGAGAGCUCCAUCUAAACCUUGGUCUCAAGUUGAUGAAGCUACCAUACGAGCAAUUAUAGCCGUUUUAAGCACUGAAGAACAGUCAGCAGGUUUACAACAACCAUCUGGGAUCGGCCAAAGGCCAAGGCCUAUGUCUUCAGAAGAACUUCCUUUGGCAUCAUCUUGGAGGUCAAAUAAUAGUAGGAAAAGUUCAGCAGAUAAUGAAUUUUCCGAUGAGUCUACUACUGCAGAAAGAGUAUUGAUGAAAUCUCCAUCUCCAGCAUUACAUCCACCUCAAAAGUACAAAGAUAGAGGAAUUUUACAUCCUAAACGAAGCACUGAUGACCGAUCAGAUCAAUCUUCUGUGAAAUCUACAGACAGCAGUAGUUACCCUAGUCCUUGUGCUAGUCCUUCUCCUCCAUCUUCAGGGAAGGGCUCAAAAUCUCCUUCACCAAGACCAAACAUGCCUAUUCGAUACUUCAUAAUGAAGAGUAGCAAUCUGAGAAACCUUGAAAUUUCUCAACAGAAGGGUAUCUGGUCUACAACCCCUAGUAAUGAGCGGAAGCUAAAUCGAGCCUUUUGGGAGAGCAGCAUGGUUUACUUGGUAUUUUCUGUUCAAGGAUCUGGACAUUUCCAGGGAUUUUCUAGGAUGUCUUCUGAGAUAGAGGAGAAGAGCCAGGACUGGGGCUCAGCUGGACUAGGAGGAGUAUUUAAGGUGGGGAUACGAAAAGAAAGCCUUCCCUUUCAGUUUGCACAUCAUCUCCUAAAUCCUUGGAAUGACAACAAGAAAGUACAGAUAAGCAGAGAUGGGCAGGAACUGGAACCUCAAGUUGGUGAACAGUUGCUCCAGCUAUGGGAGCGCCUUCCAUUGGGAGAGAAAACCACAACUGAUUGACCGUCAGGUUUAUACCAUGCUUAACUUCGAGUAUUGGCAAUAUUUGUUACCACUAGGAUGACUUUCAGACUACUUAUCUUUUUUUCUUUUUAUUCUUCCAGGAUUCUUAGCUGUAUGUGAACAUCCUAUUCAUUAUAACCACUGAAUGCACUGACUUUCAAAAACUGAGAUAAGGGUGUGUGUCAUGAAUGAGUUUUUUUGGUUUAGAGUAUUGCUUCAGAAUACCAUCUUUAUUUAUAAGAGAAAAGGAUCUUUUUCUCAAAGGAUCAGUUUUUGUAGUGACCAUGGGAAUGAUUAUGUAAUGUUAAUGAUAUGUUUAUAAUGAAUAAAAUAGUAGUAGUUUCAGCUAUUUGGCACAACAGAAAUUAUUUUUUAAAAACUUAAUUUGAAGUUAAACAUUUCUUUAAAACACUUAAUUACAACUCUUACUAAUGACUUUUUAAUGCAGGAAGAGCCUGAAUAUAUCAGUACAUGAGAGCACCAUUUUAGAGGAGCCAACUCUUAAUAUUUAUCAUUAGAAAACAAGAAAAUGAAAACAACAAAAUUCUCAAAAUAGUGUGUGUUAAUUAAGGGCUAUUUAUUCUGCCAUUUUUAACCCCAGAUGCAUUAAGAAAAAAGGGAGGGAUAUUCUUUUUCUGUGACUAUGAAUGCAGUUAUUUGUGAAGGAAGGCAGAAUUCCAUCCUGCUUUUGAUCAGAUCAGAUUGUGUUGUUUCUUUCCUGUAUGUGCCUCUCUUACUCUUGAUGUGCACUAUACCCUUUUUUCGUUUCUCUCAUAUAACAACCUUCACGUACCUUUUUUGUGAGCUCAGAAAUGAUAACCACUUUGUUUUGGUUACAGAAACUUGAUUUAUACAAGUUAAAAAUUCAAACUAAUUUAUGCACAUUUUAAAAUGUGCUCAGCAGUUACUGAUAGUUUGGCUGCUCUAUGUCUUUGAAACUAAAGCUCACAAGGACUAUAAUUCAAAUGCUUUCUUCCAUUUAUGUUUCAGUUUCUCCUUUUUUGCAUUUAUGGUUGAUAAGUGGGGGAUUUUUAGAAUUUUUGCAAACAUGUACUAAUGCCAAGUCUCAUGUUUCUUUCUAUCUCAGAGUUAUUUAGUUUGAUGUUUCUACCACAAGUAUUUGUGAAGUUUCCUUAGAGGUUUUUUGAAAUGAGAAUAGAGGUACAGGAAAAAAUAAUGAAAUGUCUUGGACACUCAACUCUGUAACACAACAUAUUUGAUAGUACUUUUCAUUUGAGUCAUUGUUAUAAAAAGAUAUAAAGGCAAAAAGAAAACUAAGUUCUCUGGUUCUGUAUUUGAGAACAAAGAGGUGAAAAAUCAUGGGUCAACAUAAAAUCUUGAGAACCCUUCUACUUUCUCUGGGAAAACAUUGCAUAUUGGUGUAAUUAGCAUAUCAGCUGUAAUUUUUGCCUGUAUUAGUAGUUCUUAGGUUGUUGUUUGUUUCUUAUUUUUUUUUUUGUUUGUACUUGGAGACAUACCUGUAAAUUGAGCUUAUGUGAAUUAUGUUCCAUUGUGUAUGUACAUUACAUUUAUUUAUUGUAUUUUCCUGAUGAUGUAUACUUUUUAAGGUAUUUACUUAGUUGUUCAUAGUGUUCUAAAUUUGGAAGGACUUCUAAAAAAUAAAGCUUGUUUUAAUAUUCUAUUUCCUAAUGUUUAUCUCUAUAUAUAUGUGAUGGGUAUUGAUAUUUAAAGUGAAUACAAUUUGAAUGUAAUUAAAAUGCUGUUUUGGGAAGACAUGAACUUAAAUAUACUUAUUAAAUGAAAUUCCAUUGAAUUAUUCAGAUCUUGUCAUUUCUGAUAUCAUCUAAUAGGACUCAGAUAACAAUGAUCAAUUGUAUUCCCUGAGAUAUUACAGAAUUUAAGAUAACUUGAAGAAUCCUAAAUUGAUACAGAAGGUGGUAGUUUCAUAUCAGUACCUGCCCCAUGGCAGAAAUUUAAAGAUGUGUUUAUUAUUGAUCUUUUAAUAU